ACCCUAACCAAUAAAUUCUAGUUUUUUUUUGGGUAUUGGUCAUUCUUUUAAGAAGAAGAGAAGAAAAGUCUUAAGUAUGAUGAAGAGACAAUUAGUGCUCGUAAUUAUCUUAGUUGCUAUUUUCGUUGUUGUCUUGGACGUUAUGCAAGUUGAAGCCAUGAGGUCUUUCCCGGUGGCCGUCGAUGAGAUCAGUCUGCUGCUGCAAGUGCUGCAAAGAGGUCCGGUUAGAGGCUCUGGUAGGAACGGUUGCACCCAUAUUCCUCGUGGUUCAGGAAGAUGCCGCCACGGCUAAAGCUGUCAUACAAAACUUCUUCGACUUCAAAUUUCUUUGAUUUUUUUUCCCACAUUUGUGUUACGUACAUAAUUGCAUAUACGUAAUUAUAAGAUACAUUUAGAGUUGGUCUCAUAUACAUUUAAAGUGUAAUCAGCUGAAAUUUAAUCAAUUAUACUUAGUGUGUGUACUCAAUGACAAAUUGACAACACAAACAUGUUUUGU